UUUUUUAUGCGAUAGGUAUUGUUCUUGUUUUAUAUUUCGCUUCCUCGCCUCGAGAUUGUUGUCAUUCUGGUCACAUAUCUACGUAACUGUGGACGAAAAAGAAUGGAAGAACAGGUCAAGAAAACUAGAGAAGCUUCCGAGAGAGCUGCGAGGGAGGCAUUGGUGGUCGAUCCAGCGGUGUUUGAACUGAAGGAUGAGGACUUGGUGAGGAAAGCUGGACUAGUUGUGGCGGGAGAGAAGGAGAAGACUGCAGGGAAGGGGGAGGAAGGAAGUAUGCUAUGCUUGAGGUCGGGCGUGAGAAGUGUGGCUGAUGUGUUGGUGUAUAGGUUAUUUUUUGCCGAAUACUGAGAGUGAAGCAGAUAGACUUAAUAUGCAACAUCACAUCUUUGCACUCUCUUUCUCUGAUCGAUUGUCGUUGGCUCCUCUGUCAGAGUCAGACUUAGACGGAAAGCACGUCUUGGACAUCGGGACGGGGACGGGGAUCUGGGCUGUUGAUUUUGCGAAACAAUACCCCAACUGCCACGUCACAGGAUUCGAUAUCUCGCCCUGUAAUCCUACUUCACCACCACCAAACACAACCUUCCUAACCCACAACGCAGAAUCCACCCCAUGGCCCUUCACCCAAAAAUUCCACUACAUCCACGGCCGCGCCAUGAUGUCCUGCUUCGACUCCGCCGCUCUCGUCAUCCAAGAAGCAUACCAGAACCUCGAACCAGGCGGCUGGCUCGAACUCCAAGACGUCGUCGCCCCCUGGACUGACGUCGACGGAAGCCUCUCCAACUCCGCGCUACUCCACUUCCACACCCUAACCAUCUCCGCCGCCGCCCAAAUCGGCCGCGACGUCUGCCAAGUCAUCACUUACCCCUCGCUUCUGGCGGCCGCGGGGUUCUCGUCGGUUACGGAGAUGCAUUAUCAGUGGCCGAUUGGUCCGUGGGCGAUGGAUCCGAGGUUGAAGAGGGUUGGGGAGAUGUUUAGGGAGGAUUUGGAUGUGACGGUUGAGCCGAUUGCGGAGAGGCUUUAUAAGGGCGUGUUGGGGAUGGGGGAUAGUGAGGUAGGGGAGAUAGUGCGGGCGGCGAGGAGGGAUGCGUGGGAUGUGAAGAGGGUUAGGGGGUACAUGCCUGGGUGA